AUGAACUCCCGAACCCAUUCUGAUAUUAUGACUCUUGCCCUCAAAGACACAACAAUUGACCAUCCAUACGCCUAUGCUCGUGUCCUCGCAGUGCUGCAUUUUAAUGUGCAACACCUGUUUUAUGGCCAGAUGAGUACUGUUCAAACAGUGCCAGUCUUAUGGGUCCGACAUUUCCGCAUUGACAGUGCCUGGAAGGGUGGAUUCAAGUGGAAACACUUACAUUGCAUCGAGUUCCUACCCAACACUGACCCCAAUGCUUUUGGCUUUGUCAGCCCAGACAAAGUCAUCCGCGAAGCCCAUCUCAUCCCCACAUACACUCAUGGGAGGACACCAACUAUGUAUUUUGAAUCCUUAGCGUGCAAGUCAGGCAAAGAUUCAGACUGGAAGUACCAUUAUGUUAACUUUUUUGUUGACCGCAACAUGCUUAUGCGGUAUUUGGGAGGUGGUGUUGGCCAUUCGUAUUAUGUCAGUGUUCCAGAUGAUGAAUGGGAGGAGGAAGUAUGGGAGGUUCCAGACCAGGAUCAACCAGAAUCAACUGACAUGCCACUGGACAAUGGUGAGGAGGGGGAACUUGAAGAAGGGGAAGAGGAAGAUCUGGUAGAUGGGAAUGGGGAUUUGCAGGAAGACGAAGGCCAUAAGUCUGAGUUGUCCGAGCUGACUGAGCUCAGCGACAGUGAUGAUGAUGACAAUGAAGAUAAGCUUGGAAACAUCGACUUGAGGCUGGAAGAUGGAGAGGAUGGGUUUGAUGACCACUUACAGUAUUUUGCGUCGGGCUCCAUCGAAUAA